AGAUUCUGAACUUUGAUCUCAGUCCAAAUAAUGAUUUGACGUUUGUUUGGGUAGUUUUAGAUGAUAGUGCAUACAUAGAAGCAUGAGUAGUGAUAUUGUAACAGGAAUAAUUAAAUUUGGAGGCUUGACAAAUGGCAGAGACAAAUUUUUCAGAUUGGUUCAGUACUCUGUUAAGCUGAUUUGGUGGAAUCUAAAAAACAAAGAAGAUGUGGUGGAAAGACUUAAGAAGAUUGAGUCAUCGAUGAGCAUGACUCGUAAAUUGCUGCGAUUGGGAAAGAGUCUGGAUUUCAUUCAGGCGGCACUGAAAUCCCUUCACAUCAGUGAUGAUGUCAUUCGAUGGACAGUGACCCUGUCUAAAAUUAGUCAGUCCAUUUUCCUGUUCUUUGAUCAUAUCAUAUAUUUCCAUAACCUUGGUGUGAUCAAAACAGACAAGGCCAAAUGGUCCAAAGUUUCUGCUGAGUUUUGGUUCUUUAGUCUUGUUUUGAAUCUAACUCGUAAUUUUUAUGACAUUGCAAAUAUAGCUAAAUUAGAAAUGAGCAAGAAAGAGAAAAAGGAAAAUGAAAUUCAGUAUAGCAAUGGAGAUAUGUCCAGCAGAAAAAGCCAAAGUCCCGGUGCUUUGUCCGUCGUCCAGAGAUGUGUUUGUGACAAUAAACCUGUAUUUUUGGACCUGGUGAAGAAUGCCUCAGACCUUAUACUGCCAUUAAAUACACUGGGAAAAGUUGAUGCCAGUGCUGGUGUUCAAGGCUUUCUAGGAAUUAUUUCUUCAGCCAUUGGUGUUGCUACAGUCUGGAACCCUAACCUGAAACUUGUGCCUUGAUAUAACCCUAACAGUACAUGUACUUCAAUAUUCAGAUAUAUCUAUACAG